UUACAGCCUCCGAGCUGUCAUGAAGCGUCCUGCAUUGUUUACAAAACAGAUUCGCUUCGAGAACUGGGAAAAACAGAAUUGCUUUCGCGUAAAUAGGUCUCUUCUGAAGUAAAACACUCGGCGAAGUUUAAUUCAGCGUUUUUUUGGUUUGGAGGAAGUACAACUGAAAAAAUUCAUCGGGGUUUGCUGUGUAGGGUGCUAAAAAUGGAUCGUCAGGCGAAGAAAGGCUCUGCCGCAUCGAAACAGAAACAACCGGAACAAACGAACCGGAGGAACUGGAUUACGACAGUGAGGACGUAAUGAUUGAGUUCAUCAAGGUGGAAUGUGGCCGGAAUCCCGAUGCAGAUCCAUUCAUUACCAACGUUGAAGCUCAGGAUGGUGAAAUGCUAGGUGACAACGUUUUUGCUGAAGCGAAUGUACGUACAAGAAGACACAAAUUGCCUAGUAAGCAUAAACUCAACUCAAAUGGAGAUACAGCUCGACGAGAACGUACAGCACCAUUAACAAGAGACCAAACUACGGCAUCAUCAUCAAAAAAAUCUAGACCAAUGACACCAGAGACAGCAGUCACCGCGACAAUUACUUCCGACAAAUCGAUCGCGAGCCUAUUCGCAUGGACAGAGCAGAGGCUCACCAAUUUAGAGACCAGCUUGAUGGAAAUCAAUGGAAAGCUAGAUUUCCUAGGUGACCAAUUUCAAUCCAUACUACAGAGCGUCGCAAAGCCAGCCCAGCAGAAGCGCCCAUUUGUUGACAUUGGUUUUAAAGCAAUCGAUAGCUUGGAACAGCUGGAAGCGUUUAAUGCGGAACUUGCCAAACCGGAGUAUGAGGAGAAGGUUGUGCAGUGGCUAGAGGGUUACAUUACAGAGGGCAGAAGUGAACACCGAAUGUCCGAUGCGAUGGAUGUGUUGUUUACGAGAAAAUUCCUCACCCAUUGCAGCUGGACGGGCAUCGGUAAGGGCACGCAAAAGAUAGCGAUGAUGCAGAUGACGAAUGUCACGCGAUUGUUUCAACGCAUCGGCACGACGCCAUUCGUAACCGUUAACCACAAACUAGUGGCAAUUUUUUUCAUGAAAAAGCUAAAAAAUGCGUUUAAGCGAGUACAGGCAAAAGGCUUACGAAGCACCAUCCCUCCAUGUACACCGACUUCACAAUAGGAUUCUUGCAUCUAACUCACCGAAUAGGGUUAAUUGCAUAAUAAUUCUUUACGCAAAAAUAGUGUAAAUCAGAAAUAAAUUUCAAAUGCCUUCAACGAAUAAUACGUCGAUUCCAAUACAUGGUCUAUGCAGCAAUUUAGAUUAAGAUAGAUUAAGAAUAAAGAGUUUUCUAUGCCGCGAGGCAAUUCUGUAUUCCCAUUAUAAA